UUCUUUUGAUAUGAGCUCCGUUGGUCUUGUCUUGGCGGUGAUGCUGUGUAUUGCCCAGGCCUUACCCGUUCCAGGCGUAUGCUACUCUCCAUUUCACUUGGCAGAGUACCCUCUCCAUGGGUAUGAGUCCCCGUAUUUACUGCCAGCAGGCAUGGAUGCGGACUUCAAACUCAUGGCCCAGCUCGGCUACACCACGGUGCGCACGUAUUACUCCAACUACUAUGGCUACGACAUCGCCCCUAUUGCUGCCAAGUAUGGCAUCCAGCUGUACUUGGGUGUUUACAUGACGACAGAAUCCUGGUACGAGAGCCAAGUGACGUCGGCUGUGAAUGCUGCCGUCAAUUACCCGAAUACCGUCCAAGCCAUCCUCAUUGGCAACGAGAACGUAGCCCCGUACGGAACAUUCACCGUCGAGGACAUUGUAACGCAAAUGAACUUCACACGCAACCGCAUUUUCAACCAAACGAACCGGACGUUUCCAGUUGGUACCGUCCAACGCAUUUCCGAGUGGCUUCUUUCCGCUCCAUCGAUGAUCCAACUCGGAGCAGCCUCCGAUGUGAUUGGAGUCAACAUUUACCCUUUCUUCGACGCGGGAUUCACUUGGACGAAUCCGGUGGCACUGCUCCAAGGCUCUUGGAAUAGCAUGGUCACAAAGUUCAAACUGCCAAAGCUGCUACUGACUGAGACGGGGUGGCCUUCGGGUGGAGCACCCGCGACGUGGGCUCCCAACAACACGCCCAGUUUGGCCAACUCCCUCGCGUACUUCCAAACGUUUAAACAGUGGAUGCAAGACAACCAACGACAACACGACUUUUGGUACAGCAUGUUUGACUCUCGACCUGACGAAACUCUCUGGGCGGAUAUGGAAUACCAUUUUGGCUUGCUGACGCACGAUCGAAGCAACAAAUCCACCACCACAAUCCCCCCCACGCCUGCACCUACUCCUCAAGCUACGCCUGCACCUACUCCUCAAGCUACGCCUGCACCUACUCCUCAAGCUACGCCUGCAUUUACUCCUCAAGCCACGCCUGCACCUACUCCUCAAACCACGCCUGCAUUGACCCCCGCACCUACUCCUCGGCCUACCCCCGCACCUACUUAUCAGCCUAUUCCAGCCCCCACCCCUGCACCCACUCGGGAACCUACCCCCGCUCCAAUCUUUCCCCUUACGCCUCGCGCCACUCCAGCGUCCACCAUAUCGGGUACUUGCAGCGCAAUUCAAGAGGAUACAGACUACACGGGGGCGACGAUUGCUGCAGUUCAGCGCUCAACGGCAGAUCUGUGCUGCAGUGAUUGCAAUGCGAACUCCCAAUGCAAAUUGUACGUCUGGUUUCAAGGCACGUGCUAUUUGAAGAGCAAUCUCGGAACUAAAUCACAAUCGACUGGACGUCGUGCUGGGGUGAAGCAGCUAGUGGGCACCACGUGCAGCGUCAUCUUUGAAAACACCGAGUUUCAAGGCAAUGACAUUAGCUCGUCCGUCCGAUCUUCAGCAGAAUUGUGUUGUGGUGACUGCAACGCAACCCCAAAAUGCAAAGCUUUCGUGUGGUUCCAAGGCAUUUGCUACCUGAAAAGCGCCGCCGGUGUUCAAACGACUGCCACCAGUCGACGCGCAGGAAUUCUGCUGUCCAGCACGACGCCAGCUCCACUGCCAAUUUCUUCUACUCCUGCACCCACCACCACCUUGGCAAUUACCCCUGCACCUAUUGCGCCCCUCACCCCUUCACCUACCACCAACACAUGUUCGACGAUUGAAGAGAACACAGACUACACUGGUGCUGUCAUUGGUACCAGCGCCCAAGCUACUGCCGAGGCGUGCUGCGGCGUCUGCAAAACCACCUCCACGUGUCAAGCAUACGUGUGGUAUCUAGACACGUGUUAUUUAAAGAGUGCAGUGGGAACCAAGGUAAACCUCACUGGCCGUCGUGCGGCUAGCAUUUCGGCCACGCCGAUCUCCUGUUCAACGUUUGAGAACGAUGUCGACUACUCUGGCAACGACAUCGGGGCCACCAAGCAAGUGUCGGCCAAUCUUUGUUGCUCGGAUUGUCAGGCCGUGGCAGGCUGUCAACUGUUUGUGUGGCGAGAUGGAACUUGCUGGCUGAAGCGAGCGAAGGGUGCGUCCGUUCGAGUCCUGGGGGCCACUGCUGGCUUCUUGCCGUCGUCCAUGAGCGUGGAAUCGUGCGGUGUGGUGGAGCCCAACACGGACUACGUUGGGAACGAUGUUGUAAGCGUAGCCGGUGCUACCACGAGCGACUGCUGCCAGGCGUGUCAAAGCGAACGUACUUGCAACGCCUACAGCCAGUCCCAGGGAAAGUGUUACCUGAAAUCUGGUCGCUCCACCGUGUCCACCGUGUCUGGUGUCACGUCGGCGCGUGUCAACAAGUGCUCGACCGUCGAAGUAGGUGUGGACUACGUUGGGAACGAUCUAGCAAGUGCGGCAGCUCCGUCGGCUCAAGAUUGCUGUGCCUUUUGUCGUAAUACCAACGGAUGCAAUGCCUAUACAUAUGGAUGGGGUACGUGUUUCUUGAAGACGGCCAAAGGAGCUACCCGUGCCAACUCGGCGGCACAGUCAGCUACUGUGGUGGCGUAAGUUUCAAUCAACUCAUGCACCGUCGUCCGAAAAUGCCAUUAUUGAUUGUUCAACUUAUGGUGAUGACAGGUUUACGUACUAUUAAUAUGUACGAACAACUACUAUUAACGUUAAUAGAUGAAGUAUUAC